CGUUAGCAGGUGUUGAAUGGACACAAGUGCUAUGGGACGACUUGAUCGAGUCCGGUGCUCUCGCUAUCCUCAAGACAAGACUACCACCGUACCUGACACAGGCUCGAACCUCCGAGAGAGAUGAAGAGUGGAAUAGCAUUCUGUUGUAUGUUAUGCUGCAACUCGAACUAUGGAACGCCUCGAGAGAACGCUCGAAUGAUUCCCCAUUCGAAUUGUUGCUCCAAGAAGGAGGUGUUCUACACCGAUGGCAAGACUUUAAGCCUAACGAACAACCACUGGCAUUCAUUCUCCGUCUACAUAUUCUCGUAAACUGUAAUAUCGACGAUUCCGACACCAAUUGGCAGGAGCAUAUUCUCGGACUCGUCAAAGUCGUGAACGACCCAUCAGUUCCAUGGAUGAAGGAUAUUCUCUUCAAUGCCGCAACAAUGGGUGUCAAAGACGGAAAAGAAAAUAUAAGGAGAAUGUGUGGACAACUCGUAAAGUCGAACAGCAGUGAUCUAGGUGGUAAUUGGACGAGAGACUAUGCUCUGAUUCCUCAAGCUCUUUGUAGAUUAUGUCUGGACGGGGAUCCAGGGGUUAGAGAAGGAGCAAUAGAAGCGCUUAUGCGAACAUCCGUGGACCAUCAAUUACGUAUUGAAUUCGAAAGUGCAUUUGAAGAGCUUGUAGGAACAAGAAAUAGGGAGCAAACUCUUGGGGUACUGGCGGCGGUGACGGCUUUAGCGCAGAAUGGUGAGAGAGACGUAUCGGAAGAACAUAGUCACUCAUUGCACACAGAGAACCUUCGUAAACAUAUGAACCGGGGAACAACCCAAAUCGCGAAGCUUGUGGAGAAUGAACAACACGAAUGUUGGGAUGGAUCGGUCAAUGCAAGUCUUAUUCUUUCACGUCAUGCCGAGCUACAAACCGAAAUCAAAGCCAUGAUACCCAGAACCUCCAAACUAUUAGCAUCGGAGAUAAAAGUGCAGAAUAUCAUCAGUGAUGUAACGAGAUGUUUUGCUCUUCAGGAAGCGGUCUUCACGAAUGAGGUCAAAACCGUCAUCUCAAGCGCUGUAAAGCUACUCGAAAAUAAGUCUCAGGAGGUUGCCUGUACCGCACUGCAGAUAAUUCAGCACUUCGCAUGUCAAGGGCAUGAAUUCCAAUCAGAGGUCAAAUUGGGGCUACAAAAGAUCGUUAAACUACUCGCCGACAGCUCUUAUUCGGUGCGAGGUGGCGCAGUAAAAAUGAUAGUUAAUCUUGCGUCACAAGCUUCCAAAGCACAUUUCCACUCGGAGAUCAAAGAUGCGAUACCAAGUAUCGUCAACCUGCUCGCUGACAAGGAUCAUCAGGUUCAAUUUAGCGCAGUAGAGGCGAUAGGCAGCCUUGUGACACAAUCCUUCAAAGCGGAAUUUCACUUGGAAAUCAGACCCGGGAUACCGAGAGUUAUCGAACUGCUUUCUGGUGGCUCUUCUUAUGAUAGUCAGAAUAGCGCAGUAAAAGCGAUAGGUAACAUCGCGGCACAAG